GUUCCGGUGUGUUUUGAUGCCAGGAGAGAGACGAGGAGCAGGCUACGAAAGCAUGUUCAGGAUGGACAUAAAACAGUAUUGUGUGAAGCUGUCGGUCCAGCCAUCCAGAGGGCUCAUGGAUGAGGUUUUUAUCGUCCUGGUCCAGAACGUCUUUCCUGGUUUCCAGCUGACUAUCCACGCCCUCCACCAGUGUGAAGGCGGACACAGCUGGGAGGCGUUCGGUCACUACACAGCCAACGCCAUUGGGACCGUGAAUGUUUCAGAGGAUCUCAGCCUGGGCGGGACAUAUUCUGGGGUUGAACCCAUGGGUCUACUGUGGAGCCUCAGGCCAGUUCCAGGCAGCAAACCUGGGCUCAGGCUGAGGAAGAUGAACGUCCAGACUCCCAUGGAGGUCACAAUCUCAGUGUACGAAGGUCACCAGACUGAAGGCUUUGCAGACCAGGUGCCGCUGGCCAGUGUAUUGGUGGAGCGUUGGUACAUGGCACCCGGCGUCCGUAGGAUCCCCGUUACAGAGGAUGGACUCACUGCGACCCUCUUCCUGCCCCCAGGACCGGGACCUUUCCCCGGCCUCCUGGACCUCUGGGGGGGUGGAGGGAAAUUGGUGGAGUACCGGGCAGCGCUGCUGGCCUCCCACGGCAUCGCCUCCCUGGCCCUCGACUACCUGACACCUAAAGUCACCAUAGAAACUGGGAAGAUGGUGGGCAACGAGUACUUUGAGAAGGCCUAUAGAUUACUGGAGCAGCAUCCUCAGAUCCUCGGCAGCAGGAUCGCCAUGUUGGGCCUUUCCCUCAGCACCAGUAUCACCUUCAAAAUGGCUGUUUACUCCAAAGUUAUGAAGCUCAGGUGUGUGGUGUGCAUUGGUGGGAGUCAUGUGCAGCCGCUCGAAGGAUCUGUGAAAGAAAUGAUGGCUUUCCUUAAUGAAAACUCUGGGAAGACUCGCUUUGACAAGGAGAACAACAUGAUCUGUCGAGAGCUGCUGCUGCCCAUCCCUACCGACACCUCAUUCAAAGUGGACGUGGGACGACUCCAGUGUCCUCUGCUGCUGGUUGUAGGUGAGGACGAUCAGAACUGGCCUGCCUGUGAGUCUGCAAUGGACAUGAAGGAGAUGAUGGAGCGGGCGGGGAACAGCCACCUGCUGACUAUCCUGUCGUACCCGAACACUGGUCAUCUCAUUGAACCUCCAUUCACACCAUUUACCCGAAUAAGCGCCUUCAGAUCAGCCGGCUCAAGUCAGAGGAUUUUAACUCUGUGGGGCGGAGAGACGGCGGCACAUUCUCGCGCUCAGGAAGACUCCUGGAGGAAGAUGCUCGUCUUUCUGAGGGAGAAUCUGUACAGCAGCAAAAACUCCAGUGCAGCUUAAUUUUCUCACCUGUAACCAUGGCAACAACUGAUGAUCAUAGAAUCGCUAAGUGGGAAGAGCUACUUCAGGCACCCCUGGUUUAAGGACACUAUAACAGAAGGAGGGGUCAUGAUGUCAGUGAUGGCAUCGGAGUUUUGCAGUGGAGUCGGAUUUGGGGGCCGCUAGUUAAUGGGGUGGGCAUGACAAGUGCAACUAUUACGCAUCAAGUCUUUGCUGUUUCACCUUGGACUGAAAAAUGCUUCCACAAAAUUAAAUUACACACAUUAUGUGAUGUUGACUGACGUUUUAUGUCUAAAUGUGUUCGUUUGUUUGGUCAUCAAACAGAUGGUGGCUCUGUCGAGCAGCUCCACAUAACGCAACUCAAGCCUGUUUUGUCCAAGCGGUGACAGAGUCCGAGAAAUGAAGCCAAAAACUGCAGUAAAGUCCACUUGAGGCUGGCUCCAAAACAGAGUGCGUCCCUGUAGACCCCCAUGUUAAAAUGCACAACUUUACAGCAGAAAUAAACAUGUUUACAGCCUGGUGCAACAAACAGUUUUGGUCUCUAUAGCUAAUGUCAACAUUCAUGACACCUGUACAGGAGGUGGAUUUUUUUUUUUGUAACUCCCCUGUUAAAUUUCAUCAAGCUAUGCAUUUUAAGAGCGGAGCUGCUUGAGUGACAGGCUGUCUGCAAGGCGUUACCAUGGCAUCAGGUCCACCCCUCACUCCUCCACAGCUCCAUCCUCUCAUCCAAAUAUGUCCACUUCUGGCUCCAAAACACCAAGAUAGCAACGGCUGAAAUGCUGAACUCUAGGCUUCAAAAUGGCAAUCAACAAACCAAUAGGUGAUGUCAUAGUAGCUACGUCCAUUAUUUUGAUGCAUGACCAAACGGGCAGAUCAGACCUGUUAUCACUGACCAUACAGUUAACCUCAGUGAUUUACAGUCAUACUAGUUAUCUAGCCUAUAUUAGCUAACACUCACUUGACAUUUGCUAUCACUCACCAACACCACAGCUUCCUGUCUGUUUAUUUUACACCGUCAUGAGGAUUAUUUCUUACUGACAUUAAUGGUUUUAUUUCCAAAUUAAAGUAGGGUGUUUGCUGAACAAAGUACAAAUAUAAACUUAGUUCACUGACAAACAAAGUAACUAGUAUCGGUAAAUUACAAAGGACCAGAUUUAUAAUGAUUUGGUGUCACCAAUAGCAAACAUUAUUGAGAGAGCUGGCUAAUGUUAGCUCUCCCAAAUAUUACUUAAUAUCAUUAACAGUUUGAAGGUUGGCUAUUAUUGAUAAUCAGCUACAUACCUGCUGUGUGUACGCACUACACAGUGAGAAUCUGUGACCCUGUAAUUGAAGUAUAGUCAGUGAAAAUAGGUCGGACCUCAUGUAUCAUGAUCAUAGACUGUAUGACAUGGCAGCUCCCCACAAGUGAAGCCAAAACAGGUAGUUCUUGUCACACUGAUGUUCAAAUGUUCGUUCUGCUGAUAAAUUUUGUUAUAACUAGCAACUUGAUGUUUAAACAACGGGGACUGAGGUCAUAAUGGGGCGGCAGUAGUCCGUAGGGACUUGGGUUGGGAACCAGAGGGUCGCCUGUUCAAGUCCCCGUCCGGACCAAAAUAUGGAGCGUGGACUGGUAGCUGGAGAGGUGCCAGUUCAUCUCCUGGGCACUGCCGAGGUGCCCCUGAGCAAGGCACCAAACCCCCCAACCGCUCGGAGCGCCUGUCAUGGGCAGUCCACUCUGACAUCUCUCCACUUAGUGCAUGUAUAGGUCCAGUUUGUGCAUGUGUGUGUUUGGACCUGUGUGUAAUUGACAACAGAGUGAAAAAUUGAAUUUCCCCUCGGGGAUUAAUAAAGUAUAUAAAAUUAAAUUAAAUAACUGACAGCUGCUUGGGACUGGUCGGACAGGUGUACGCGAGGGAACUUGAUACCAAUGAGAUCAUAAUAAUCGUAAAAAUUAAUAAUUUUGUAAAAGCAUUUUUCAAUCCAAGGUGAGACAACAAACAAAUGAUGGGUUACAGUUGGACUUGUCAUACCUGCCUUUUGACUUCAGUAGAGGUGGCACCAAUGCAAAAAUUUGAACUCUGUCGCUGACCUCAUGACCUUUCCCACUCUUAUAGCUUCCUUGCCCAUGUUCAGGAAGUAAAAGUAUCAUUAAUUUGUUCAUCAAUCAAUCCUUUGUCACAUGGAAUAAUACGAGGUACGACUCCAGUGAUGUGAUCCUGUCAGCUCCUUCAACUUGUGCUCUGUAAUUUAAUCCUUUUUGCGUCCUCUUACAUCGCUGGCUGCUGCUUUAUCAAUGUCCGUAUUUCCGAGAGGUUCUGGUAACCAGUGGUUUCUGAAAUGAUUUAACUGUAGUUUUGGGCCCAGUUGCUUCUGUUGUUGCACAAAUUAAAUCCACCACAGACUCACUGAGUUCAGUGAUGUCAUCGGUGGUGUUGAUGGUGGUGCCCUGGAACAUGCUCCAGACUGUGAUGGGCUUCAUCUCUCACGUCAGUGGGGGGCGGCGUUUUCGAUAGUUUACAUAUCUCAACAAGAUGGCUGCAAGGUCAUCCCUCAUGAACAACCAAACUCCAGCCUCACCUGACGGCAUAGUUCUUCAGCCACUGUGAGGGUCGAAGGACUGAGGGAUGUCGUGUGCCUUAAAGCCCUCUGAGGCAAACUGUGAUAUGAGAUAUUGGGCUUUAUUAACAAAAUUGAAUGUAACCAGAUGAACCCUGUUAUAUGUUACAGUGCGCUCAGUUGGGUCAAAUACACAGUGAAGCUGAUAACGUCCAAAGGUUAUUUCUGAUGUUGAUUUCCUUUAAUUGUAACAGCUAUAAUAUGAAUAUUAGCCUGCAGACUGGUCUUACAACACCAGUGAGCUUGAUAUUAAAGGUUGAUCUCUGCCAUACACAAUCAUUGUCAUUAGAAAACACCCUUUACAGUGUGCACCACUGCACUGUUGUCACAGUUUUACCAAUUCCAUUAUGUUUUAUAUUUGUACUUUUUAUACACAUCUCUAUCUGCACAUAGUAGUCAAAUGUUUUUUACCUCAUCCUUGCUUUUAGCAGGAUCUCUCUCUCUGUGUAUGUGCUUUGAGACUGGAAUCAAAUUCUUUACGUGCUCACAUACUUUGACAAUAAAAAAAGCUGAUUCAGG